AUGCACUACGAAGGAAAAAAGGUUCUUAUUGUGGGAGGAAGCAGCGGGCUAGGCCUAGCGCUGGCAAAAGAUCUAAAAGACAAAAAGGCUCUAGUAACAAUCACCUCUCGAUCGCCAUCAACCUUAAGUGAGUUUGUGCCAGAGUUUAGCACACAUCCUGUGGACAUCACCGAGCAGUCUUCAGUCGAUGCCAUUCCCUCUGAUUUUGACCUUAUAUUCUGCUGCGCAGGCUUUGCAACUCCGUCGCUUGCGAGAGAAAUAGAAGUGCAGAAAAUGGAGAAAAUCAUGAACUGUAACUUUUUUGGCUCGGUGAGAGUCUACCUGCACUUUUUAAAACACGUAACACACGAGAAGAGAAAAAGCUUGGUCUUUAUUUCAUCAACGCUUGGCCUGCACUCUUUCACGGGAUACGGCAUGUACUCUCCAAGCAAGUCUGCACUCUCCUCUUUUUACGAGUCAGUGUACGAUGAAUCGUCUAUACUGGGCCUGGAUCUGUACAUAUACUACGUGUCAACAAUACAGAGCAACGGCUUCAUUACAGAGCAGAAAACAAAGCCAGAGAUAACAAAAAAAAUAGAGGGCUCUUCAAUUUCGAAAAUGUCCCUGCCUGAAAACAGGGCGAGAACGCUCCUCAAUGCCAUGCCAAAAAGCAGGAUAAUAUACUCAGACUUUGUCACCCGGCUGUUCAGCAAGUCAGCAGAGAUAAACACGCUCUCAGAUGUCUUAGCCUACUUCCUGUCUCCCUUUUUCUGGAUCUGCUUUAAGCUGUUCGCAGCAUACACAACACGAAAGCACUACCCAAAAGACAAAUGCAGUUGA